AUGGCAACUUACGUUUCUCCGUUUCUGACUCCGCCGGAUUCUCGUGUCCUCACUGUUCUUCGAAAGAGUGUAUCACCGGAAAAUCAUCUAAGCAACAGUCUUACCUGCAGCUUUAGAACGAUUGAAACCAAGAGAAACCGCGUCCUCGCUGCUCAUAAACCCGAUCCUUCACCGAUCAGAAACUCUUUAAACUCUCACAGUGCCAAAAACUUCCAAAGCCAAGACUCUUUCUUGAACCUCCACCCUGAGAUAUCAAUGCUCAACCCUCCAAGGAAAGAGACUUCCACCGCUCCCAUCACCGAGCCGUCUCCUCCUAGCACUUACAACGAGGCGAGGAUCAAAGUCAUCGGCGUUGGAGGUGGCGGCUCAAACGCUGUGAACCGUAUGAUAGAGAGCGAGAUGGUCGGUGUGGAGUUUUGGAUUGUGAACACCGAUAUUCAAGCGAUGAGAAUGUCUCCGGUUUUCCCUGACAAUAGGUUGCAGAUUGGUAAGGAGCUGACUCGAGGUUUAGGUGCUGGAGGCAAUCCAGAGAUUGGUAUGAAUGCUGCUAGAGAAAGCAAAGAAUCUAUCGAAGAAGCACUCUACGGCUCAGAUAUGGUUUUUGUAACAGCUGGGAUGGGAGGUGGGACUGGGACGGGCGGGGCUCCGAUAAUAGCGGGUGUUGCGAAGGCGAUGGGUAUAUUGACGGUUGGUAUUGUGACGACGCCUUUCUCCUUUGAGGGAAGGAGAAGAACGGUUCAGGCUCAGGAAGGAAUUGCGGCGCUGAGAGACAAUGUGGAUACGCUUAUUGUUAUUCCGAAUGAUAAGUUACUCACGGCAGUCUCUAUGUCAACUCCGGUUACUGAAGCGUUUAAUCUUGCUGAUGAUAUACUUCGUCAAGGAGUCCGUGGGAUAUCGGAUAUCAUCACGAUUCCUGGAUUGGUCAAUGUGGAUUUUGCUGACGUUAGAGCUAUAAUGGCAAAUGCAGGUUCUUCACUGAUGGGCAUAGGAACUGCAACAGGGAAGACACGAGCAAGAGAUGCUGCGCUAAACGCGAUCCAAUCACCAUUGUUAGAUAUUGGCAUUGAGAGAGCCACUGGAAUCGUUUGGAACAUAACCGGUGGAACUGACUUAACACUGUUCGAGGUAAAUGCUGCUGCGGAAGUGAUCUACGACCUCGUUGAUCCAACAGCCAAUCUUAUAUUUGGCGCUGUGGUAGAUCCAUCCUUUAGUGGUCAGAUAAGUAUUACUCUGAUAGCAACAGGCUUCAAACGCCAAGAAGAAGGAGAAGGGAGGCCACUUCAGGCGACACAAGCGGAUGCAUCAAUGGGAGUAACAAGACGUCCUUCUUCAUCUUUCGCUGAAGGCAGUUCCAUAGAGAUCCCUGAGUUCUUGAAAAAGAAAGGACGCUCCCGCUAUCCUCGCAUCUAG